AUGUUCGACACAGACGACUCCAUGGACGACGCCGACGCCGCCGCCGAAACCUACCAAAUGAUCCACUACAUCCGCCUGCCCACGCUCCCCGAGCUCGGCCAGCGCCGCAGCGACUACGCCGUCGUCCCCCGCUCCCCCUCCCCCUCCCCCUCCUCCUCCCCCAUCAAGCAAGAGUCCCCCCCGCCGGUGCGCGACCGCAGGGUCCUAAGGAUCCUACGAGAGGUCACGAGAGACGGCGGGCUGUGGUACAAGACGCUGUUUGUCGAUCGAAUUACAGAGAUGGUGUCGUUUACAGAGCUGAUUGAGCUUGAAGGCGGCCCCGAGGCGCUGGAGGAGCUGGGCGACGAGCCCGUGCCGAGACCUCCACCGCCGACGUCGAGCCAUUCCCGCAGUGGCAGAGCUCAGGCAUCUUCGUAUCGGGAUGCCGAGGAGGACGAUGACGAGGACAAGCCAGAGCAGGAAGAAGACGAGAGGGAGCAACAAGAGACAGACUCCACCUCCCGCCGGUCCCGCCGCGGAGCCUCCCGCCCGCAAGACCCCCCCGAACGCGAGCUCCGCCGCCGCCGCAUCGCCUCACUGGCACUCACCCGCAAAGCCGCCGCCGAACGCAGCCCCACCCUCGAGAUCUCCGAGGACGAGCUCGCCUCACCCGUUAAAGCUGGUCCUGCAACCCGCCGAACCCGCUCCAAACCCCUCAAGCAAGCUGCAAUGCUUCCAUACAAGGGCCAAUCCCAUUCCGGCCCGUCCUACGACUCCGAGGACGACCUCGUCGUCUCCGACCUGCAGCCACCGCCACGCCAAAGCCGCAAGCGUCGUGCAUCGCAGCAACCCCGCGGAAGUGCCCGCGGGAAGCGACGGCAGGUGGAUGGCUCCGACUACGAAGACGACGAGUCCGAGUCCGCAACACGCAAGAGCUCCCGCGUCAAGCGGCGCGGAAUGUACACCGAGCCAGACAUCAACGACGACUUCUACCUCGAGGCCGAUGCCACCCCGCAGCCCACCCGCACCCGCGUCGUCCACAGCAAGGAGAUCUUCCCGUUCAUCGAGCCCAAGACCAGCUUCGGGCGCAAACACACGCAGCUGUGCGAGACCUGCGGGACCAGCGGGCCCUCCCGCGCCCGCGGAAACCUCGUCUACUGCCAGGGCUGCUCGUCCUCGUUCCACAUCGAGUGCAUGGGCAACCGCACCACACGCCUGCACCUCGUCACCAAGACGGCCGACGACGACUUUGUGAUGCAGUGCAAGCGGUGCACCAACCUCGCGCGCAAGAAAGACCCAACAGCACCCGACACCGCAGCAUGCCAGGUCUGCCACGCGCAGGGCGAAGCCUGCACGCCGUUCAGCACAUCCAGCUUGAAGAAGAAGGACUCCGCCGAGACGACUCCAGACGCCGAUGUCGACCCGGACCUGCUGUACAACCCGUCGCUCGUGCUGUUCCGCUGCCUCCACUGCAAGCGCGCAUGGCACACCUCGCACCUCGACGACGACGAGGCCGACACGCGCGCAUUCCGCUGCGGCGAGUGCGCAACACACACCCUCAAGAUCCAGACGAUCCGCGCCUGGCGGCCAACGGGGGGGGCACCGACCGACCCCGCCCCCACGCACCUGGACAUCACCGACUACGACGAGGACAGCCGCGAGUACCUAAUCAAGUUCCACGGCACAUCGUACUUCCGGGCCGAGUGGCUGCCGGGUGCGUGGGUGUGGGGCGUAAACAUCCACAUGCGGGGGCACUUCGUCAAGAAGAAUCCCUUGCUGGCAUGGACGACGGAGCAGGCCGUGCCCGAGAGCAUGUUCCGCAUCGAGACUGUGUAUGACGUGCGGUACACGUCGUUUGUCCCGACGGGGCGCGAGCGCGACGUGGAUGUUGCGCGGAUCGGCGAGGUGUGUGAGGCGUUUGUGAAGUGGCAGGGCGGCGAGGGCGGGGAGGCGGAGUGGGAGGUGCCGCCGGCGGAGCCGAAAGGGCUGCGGAGGCGGCGGGCGAAGAGGAUUUUUGAUCUUGAUGCUGGUGAGGAUGCGGACGGGGAGAAGAAUGAGGAGGACGGAGAGAAGGAGGAGGAGGAGGAGGAGGAGGAGGAGGAGGCGGAGAGUACUGAGGUGGGGCGCUGGGAGGACUGGAGGAAGGCGUAUGAGGACUUUGUGGCGGGGCACUAUGUCCACUUGCCCAAGAACACCACGAAGAGGAGGGAGAUGGUCCGCGGGAAGAACUUCAAGACGUUUGAGAAGAAGGAGCAGCCGAGUUAUAUCGUGGGCGGGAAACUGAUGAAGUACCAAAUGGACGGCAUGAACUGGCUCUACUACAAGUGGCACCAAGGCCAAACCUCCAUCCUCGCCGACGAGAUGGGUCUCGGCAAGACGAUCCAGAUCAUCUCCUUCCUCUCCAUCAUGGUAAACGACCUCUCCCUCUACCCCUUCCUCAUCGUCGUCCCGCACUCGACCGUCCCCAACUGGAAGCGCGAGAUCCAGAACUGGGCGCCCACCAUGCGCGUCGUCGCCUACUACGGCGCCGCCGAGUCGCGCUCGCUGGCCCGCAAAUACGAGCUCUUCCACUCAGGGACCAAGAGCCUCAAAUGCCACAUCGUCGUCACCUCGUACAGCACACCCGUCUCAGACAGCCAAUACCUCAAGGGCAUCCCCUGGGAGGCGCUCAUCGUCGACGAAGGGCAGCGUCUCAAGAACGACGACAGCCUGCUCUACAAGGCCCUCGAGGGCUACAAGAUCCGGCACAAAGUCCUCAUGACGGGUACGCCACUCCAGAACAACCCACGGGAGCUAUUCAACCUCCUUCAGUUCCUCGACCCGACACUCGACGCGCAGUCGCUCGAAGACGAGUACGGCGAUCUCGACAGCGAGAAGGUGCGGCGCCUGCACGAACUCAUCCGGCCUUUCUUCCUGCGGCGGACGAAGCGCGAGGUGCUCUCGUUCCUGCCCCCGAUGGCGGAGGUGAUCGUGCCCGUGACCAUGUCCAGCCUGCAGCGAAAGCUGUACAAGAGCAUCCUCGCGCAAGACCCCGUCCUCAUCAAGAGCAUCUUCCGCAACCCGGGUGACAAGAGCAAAACCGGCAAUCUCAAGAACGUCCUCAUGCAGCUGCGCAAGGUCCUGGGCCACCCCUUCUUCUACAGCGACGCGAUCGAAGACCGCUCUUUCGACUCUGAGACGCUGCACCGCAACUUGAUCGAGGCCGGCAGCAAGCUGGAGCUGCUCAACAUCAUGCUCCCGAAGCUUCAAGCACGCGGGCACCGCGUUCUGAUGUUUUCCCAAUUCCUCGGCAUGCUGGACGUCAUGGAGGACUUCCUCACGGGGCUAGGCAUGUCCUACCAGCGCCUCGACGGCGGCACCAACACACAAGAGAAGCAGCGCCGAAUCGACGCCUUCAACCGCCCCGGUUCCAAAGACUUCGCCUUCCUCCUGUCCACGCGUGCCGGCGGCGUCGGCAUCAACCUCGCCACCGCAGACACCGUCAUCAUCCUCGACCCCGACUUCAACCCGCACCAAGACAUCCAAGCCCUAUCACGGGCCCACCGGAUCGGUCAAAAAAACAAAGUCCUCGUCUUCCACCUCGUCACCCGCGACACGGCCGAAGAAAAGAUCAUGCAAAUCGGCAAGAAGAAGCUGUCCCUCGACCACCUGAUCAUCGAGCGCAUGGGCACCAGCAGCGACGACGAAGACCAAGUGGACGUCGAAAGCGUCCUCAAAUUCGGCGCCCGCGCGCUCUUCGACGACGAAGGGCUGCAGGAAGAGCGUCGAAUCCGCUACGACGACGAGGGGGUCGAGCGGCUGCUGGACCGCAGCGCGGUCGAAGAGACACAGACGGACGAUACCGCCGGGGCCGAGGGGAACGCGUUCAGCUUUGCGCGGGUGUGGGCGAGCGACAAGGGUGCUCUCGAAGAGGGCGGACUGGGCGAGAACAGCGGCGCCGAAGAAGAUCCCGACGUGGGUUUCUGGGACAAGCUCCUCGCGGAGCGCGAGGAGGCAGCGCGGGCCGCGGCGGCGGCCGCAGCAGAGGAGCUCGGUCGUGGGAAGCGGCGGCGGAAGGUGGAUUACAGCGCGCCGGACGACGAGUAUAACCACGGGCCAAGCAAGGCUGCGGGGGCAGCGUCGGGGACAGAGGACGACGGGGAGUUCCGGGCUGUGGAUGAGGCGAGUGAGGAGAGCGAUGAGGAGAUGGACGUGGAUAUGGGGGAUGGGCUGGACGGGCUGGAGUUGGAAGAGCGGAUUGCGAGGUACCAUGAGAGGCAGGCGGGGGCGGGGGCGGGGAGGGGGAGGCCGCCGAAGCAUACGCCGACGCCUAUGCCUAUGCCUAUGCCUAUGCCUAUGCCUAUGCCUAUACCUGCGGCGCCGAGGCUGCCGGAGAUGGCGCCGGCGGCGGUGAUGUGGGUUCCGUCACCACCACCGCCGGCGGCUUCGCACCACCACUACCAACCACAGCAGCGGCAGCCCGCCAAACACUCCCAACCCGCCUCCGCCGCCGCCUACCGCCCGCGCCCGCGCCCCCUCCCCAGCAGCGGCCAAUUCCGGCGCGUUGAUCUCCUCCCGCAGGCCGACACACCCGGCGAGCCGCGGUGCAAAGCAUGCACAAAGCAGCACCCUCGCGGGGAGUGCGCCUUGCGCAAGAUGGGGGUCGAGUACUGUCCUCUGUGCGGGCUGGCGCAUUUCGGUAAGCAGCCCGGACUUUGCGCACACUUGGCGAGUGAGGCGAACCUGACCGAGAUGCUGCGUGCGCUGCGGACGAGCACCGAGGAUGCGGGGCUGGUGCGGGAGGCGAAGGCGUAUAUACGGGGGCGGAAGGGAGGGUUGAAGAGGAAGAGUACUGGUGCGGCGGGGGCGGGGAAGGGGGGGAAGGAAUAG